CUACUGGAUGAGUGGGAGCUGGCUGCCAACAGUUGCAAAAUGUAUAAAGGCUGGAAAAACAGUCUGGAAACACAUCUACAGCUUCAGUGUGCCGCGGUGCUGCCCCCUCUGCCGGCGGGAUGUGGGCUCCAGGAAGCUGGAGGAAGCACCUGUUAGCAUCUCCAAUCCGUUUGCCAAUGGGCAUCAAGAAAAGUGUUCAUUCCUCCUCAGGCCAACUCAAGGGACGUUUCUUAGAGACUAUGAUGGAAGGUCUGAUCUUCAUGUUGGAAUAACUAACACAAAUGGAGUCGUCUAUAAUUACACUAUGCACGGUGUCCAGCGAGAUGAAGCAGGCUGGGAGCAGAGUGUAAGUGUCCCAUUAUUGCAGCCCGGCAUGUUUGGACUGAUGGACCAGUGGGACAAGUACCUGGAAGACUUCUCCACCACGGGGGCCUGGCUGCCUCACAGGUAUGAAGAAGAACACCACAACUGCUACAGUUACACCCUCACAUUCAUUAACUGCGUUCUGGCCACAGAAGGCAAGGAGCAACUGGACAAGAAUGAGUUCACGGAGAAAUUUGUGGUCCCCAGGACCAGGAAGGCUUCCAAGUACAUCACGCUGUACCGGGCGAUAGAGGAGCAUGGCUUCUACGUGAUCGACCACCCGGAUCCAGAGCCCAGUCCUCCCCCGGGGAGUGGUUUGUGCUGAGUGCGCUGUGGAAAAGCGGGAGGGACAGGAUAUUUGGGGGUGACUACUUUUAAUAGAUCAUAGAGCUUUCUAAAUACAGUAACCUGUGGUUAAUUAAAAAAAAAUGUGAUAGGGCUUCCCUUUAAGCAUACUUCAGUUUACUGCAGUAUAAGAAUUUACAAAAUUAAUAAAAAUUGCCCUGGGUUUUCAAAAUUCUUUUCGGAGAAUUUGUUUUCAAACUGAGAAUUCAUGUUAAAGCAUAAAGUGGCAGCAUAUUUUAUUCCCAGAACAAUGAAAACUCUUCCUAGAAAUUAAUUAGAGCUGAAUAAAUUCACCUUUCCAUGUGAAUCCAGAA